UCUCUCCUGCUCCCUGGCUGCACCCGGGCCGCGGAGAGUGGCGGGGCUCCUCCAUCCCAUGGCCCUGCCCGAGUCCUGACCGCGCUUCCCCACCAUGAAGACCAUCAUCGCUGCCUACUCCGGCGUGCUCCGAGGCACAGGAUCGAACAUUCUUUCUGCUCUGCAGGAUUUGUUGUGGCUAUUGAAAUCCAAAGUAGAGAAACAACUCCAAAUCAUCUCUGUGCUGCAAUGGGUUCUCACUUUCCUUGUCAUGGGUGUUGCUUGCACUUUAAUCCUCAUGUAUAUACUGUGUACAGAUUGCUGGGUGAUUGCUGCUCUAUAUUUAGCCUGGCUGGUAUUUGACUGGAAUACACCAAAGAAAGGGGGAAGAAGAUCCCAGUGGGUGAGAAACUGGGCUAUAUGGAGGUACUUCAGGGAUUAUUUUCCAAUAAGACUGGUUAAAACCCACAAUCUGCUGACCACCAGGAAUUACAUUUUUGGGUACCAUCCACAUGGCAUCAUGGGCUUGGGUGCCUUUUGCAACUUCAGCACAGAGGCCACAGGUGUUGGCCAGAAAUUCCCUGGGAUCCGACCAUACCUUGCUACCCUGGCUGGGAACUUCAGGAUGCCAAUAUUGAGGGACUACUUAAUGUCUGGUGGUAUAUGUCCUGUGAACCGUGACAGCAUAGACUACAUCUUGUCCAAGAAUGGCAGUGGCAAUGCCAUCAUCAUCGUGGUGGGAGGGGCAGCAGAGUCCCUGAACUGCACCCCAGGGAAGAACUCUGUGACGCUGAAGAACCGGAAGGGAUUUGUGAAACUGGCUCUACGGCAUGGAGCGGACUUGGUUCCUGUCUACUCCUUUGGGGAAAAUGAAGUGUACAAGCAGGUGAUCUUUGAAGAGGGUUCCUGGGGAAGAUGGGUUCAGAAGAAGUUCCAGAAGCACAUUGGCUUUGCUCCAUGCAUCUUUCAUGGCCGUGGCCUCUUCUCCUCCAACACCUGGGGGUUGUUACCCUACUCCAAGCCCAUCACUACUGUUGUUGGAGAGCCCAUCACCAUCCCCAAAAUUGGUAAUCCAUCCCAGAAGGAUGUGGACUUCUACCAUAGCAUAUAUGUGGACUCGCUGAUCAAACUCUUUGACAAAUACAAGAGCAAAUUUGGCCUGCCAGAGACUGAGGUCUUGGAAGUCAACUGAAGGCACUGGCUCAGCAGCACCUCUUUUCUCAGAACCAACACAUCGUUUCCAGGAGUCCAAGUUGUCACUGUGUACUUGAAAGCAUGUGUGGGUGUAUGUAUUCUUCAAAGCAAGUGUUCAAAGUAUUGCUAAACCACUUUAAAAAUAAUAAAGGCUUUGCUUUAGAGAAAUCCCAUUACAAACAUCUUUUUAUACAAAAAAUAAAGCACAAGUCCCCCUUGC